UAUUGCAGGCUAUAUAAUAAUAGGCAAGUGGUCUGUAUCCGUUUAGUUAAGACUUAUCUGUAGCAAACUGACCAACAUGGCUUUCCUUGGCAAGGAAUACAAAUUCGUUUCUCAAGAGAACUUUGAGGAGUUCGUCAACUCUUUGGGUCUUCCCGCUGAUCAGGCUCAAGGCUACCUCAACUUCAAACCAUCGCAGAAGUAUGAGAAGGACGGAGACAGCUACGUAUACACGUCAGUAACGCCCAGCGGCCAGACCCAGGUUAAGUUCCAGUCUGGUAUCGCCUUCGAUGAGACCAACGCUGGACGUAAAUGCAAGACUGCCUACACUGUUGAUGGCAACACCGUGACUCAGGUUCAGACCUACGAAGACGGCACCACUUUCACCUUCACCAGACAGUUCAAUGGCGAUGACUUGACCGUGACUAUCACCAGCUCCAAAUGGGACGGCGUCGCUCGCAGAUUCUACAAGGCUUAAUUUAUUUUUUUACCCUCUAAUAUUUGUACUGUAUGCCAAUAAAUUAUUGAUAAAUUGUU